GGGAACUGGAGUUUCUGGAGCCGUCCGGCCAGCCUCCUUCUAGAGGGUGCGUAGCCUAAGAGCCACAGAACGGCAACAGCUUCCGAGAGAGGUUACGAUGCACCCAAAACGCCGUGCCUCGGAGCUGAAGGGCGCCUGCCCGCACUGCACGCGGAGAGCCCAAGACUGAGCGAGCUUCCCAGUCCGCUGCAGGAGCGUCCCGAUACUGCGCCUGCGCAAAGCGCCUGCUGCUAGCCGCGGCUGCGAUCGCCUGCGCAGAGGAAGAGCGGCGUGCGCUUGCGCAGAAAAUUGAAGUCGCUUCGGCAGCACUGGGGAGCAUGCAUAAACUUAAAUCAGCUCAGAAGGACAAGGUCCGCCAGUUCAUGGCAUGCACUCAGGCUAGUGAGAGGACUGCCAUCUACUGCCUGACCCAGAAUGAGUGGAAACUAGAUGAGGCCACAGACAGUUUCUUCCAAAACCCGGAGGCGUUCCACCGAGAGUCUAUGAAGAGCAGUGUGGACCUGAAGAAGCUGGAGCAGCUGUACGGAAGGUACAAAGACCCACAGGACGAGAACAAAAUCGGAGUCGAUGGGAUUCAGCAGUUCUGUGAUGACCUGAGUCUGGACCCCGCCAGUAUCAGCGUUUUGGUCAUAGCAUGGAAGUUCAGGGCCGCCACUCAGUGUGAAUUUAGCAAGAAAGAGUUUGUGGAUGGCAUGACAGAGCUGGGGUGCGACAGCACAGAGAGGCUGAAAGCUCUUCUUCCCAAACUGGAACAAGAGCUAAAGGACUCAGCGAAGUUCAAGGACUUCUACCAGUUUACCUUCACCUUCGCUAAGAACCCUGGGCAGAAGGGCUUAGAUUUAGAAAUGGCUGUUGCAUAUUGGAAGUUAGUAUUGUCUGGAAGGUUUAAAUUUUUAGAUCUUUGGAACACAUUUCUGCUGGAGCAUCACAAAAGAUCAAUUCCAAGGGAUACUUGGAACCUUCUCCUAGAUUUUGGAAACAUGAUUGCAGAUGAUUUGUCUAACUACGAUGAAGAAGGAGCGUGGCCUGUCCUUAUAGAUGACUUUGUAGAAUAUGCACGGCCAGUGGUCACAGGUGGGAGACGUGGCCCUUUCUAGACGGAAAAGCCAGAUGGAGGGUAGGAUGGGCGUGUCCUGGAGGAGCCAGCUGCGUGGGCUGCUGUGUGCAUUUGUCGCUGACCUCAGAGUCUUCCCCGUCCAUGCAUGAAGCAAAUCCUUACUCUGCUUAAAGGCUGACGUGCAGACACAAAGAAGCUCCUCAGGAUGUCAGGGACAGCGACAGAGCUAUGGCUUUAGGAGACGCCUGCAUGACUUGUCUUUUCAGAGAGCAGCGUAGAUAGACCCUGUGCGCAGGCUGACAGCAUGCUGUUCCAGUUCAUGACGUUAAGGUGAGCACCAGCCAUCUCCAAACUGGAAUCAUGUUCUAAUUACGCUUCAGGGUAGCAUCCGUGUCCUCAGAAUGAUGUAACUGUCACACAAGUCCGAGCUGUUCAACACACGCCUCAUGAAGACGGCCUUGUCAGAGAGCCCACUGCUUUGAAUCUUGGUAUUCAAGAUGGAUAGUUCUGAAUUAUCCAAUGUCUAGGUCUACUAGAUGUUGUGCUUUGGUUUCUCUAGAAGCUGCUGUUGCAGUUUGCACAGGGUGGCACAGGUGCAUCCAGCAGCUCACUCUAUCAAACUGUUUACAAGCUGGGGGACCUGUUUCACUACUAGGAGGUUACUAUUAGGCCUGGAUGCUGCCUCCUGAGAAGUUUCUUAUUUUUUUAAUAUAUUUUAUAUUUAAAAGGACGUUUUCCAUGAGAAACACUUCUCUUUGAGUGAUGAGUUAGAUUUACAAAUCAUAUGCACCAGUUCCCACACCUGUCUAUAAUGUCUCCAGUGCCCGGUGUCCAGCCCUUCGAAAGCCAUAUGCAUUUGGAAGCAAACAUACGUCAUCCGGAAAGAAUCCACACCCAAAGCACUGUCUCACUCGUCUGCACCUGAGACUGUGCCGUGUCACCAUGCCGUGUCACCAUCUGCUUUUCUGGUGUUUAUCUGGUCAACAUGCACACAGGCGUGGAAGGCCUGGAUACUACCUGCUCAUCUGGUGUCAAGCUUCGAACAUCACUGUGCUGACCCUACCUCACACUUGCCAAGACUUGGUGCCACAGCGUGCCUUGCUGCCCAGCCUACAACAUGGCCAUGGAGCAGAUCUGCCGGGCCCACUUCAGGACAGGGGACCGGUCGAUGCCUGUACACAGAAAGCAUGUCCCAAAUGUGCUGUUGCGCAGCUUCUGGUACUAGGGCAUGCUCCUGGUGUAGGACACAGCUCUGAGACUUGCAUGCCCUAUGAGACGGACUGUUGCUAGUGAGUAGGAAUCUCAUGGAGGAGGUGGAAGAUUGGAACUGGAAGCCAGUCUCCACAAAGCCAACCCCUCAGUGUGUGAGAUGACAUCACUAGCGGCCUGUCAACACAGCUCGGUAAAGGGAAGCCGGGACGUCUUUGAGAGCAUACAUAACCAAACUGACUUAGUGAAAACCUAGAAAACAGCCUCCUUCCAGGCUUUGUGGGUUCCUGACUUGUACGUAACUUCUGUCCAGAGACAUUUUAUAGAUACAAAUAACUAAAUCUUGACGGUCUGCAAUACGUUCUUAUUUUUAAGAUUUACCACUCUUCAGGGAAAGGACCAGUGAUACGAUUCAGCAGGUUAAGGCACAAGCUGCCCAGCCUGAGUUCAGUCCCUGGGGACCACAUGGUGGAGGGGAGAAGUGACUUCCCCUGGUUGUCCUCUGACCUCCACACAUGUGCUGUGAAAUGCAUGUACCCCCCCCACAUACUCACACAAUAAAACAAACAAACAUAAUAAUAAAUAAAUAACUUCAAAAAUGUUGAAUUCUAUGGGAUUGUCAAUAGGCUGUGACAUACUAGUAAUUGAUAAAGGCUUUUCAAAGAAUUGUGCUUUCUGUUCUCUUAUUUACACUUGAAUUGUGCAUGUUACAGAAAUGCUGAAAACUUCAGAAAUAGUAAAUAAAAUAUUUUCCCUGGU